AUGAUGAUCUCUACUUACAUCAUCGAGUUUGUAUUAUGGAGAGCUGUUAGGCAAAGUGAUAUUAGAGGAGAGUUCGAAUUAUCCCAAAAAAUACUACUAAAUAAGAUGUAUUCAAUAAUUCUAAAAUGUAAAGCUAUUGA